CAUGUGCUGCGUUUGGGCCGUUCAGCCACUUUUAUGCCGCAGCUCUGAGUGCGACACCGGGCGAGAGGAGAGUCUGCUGCGCGUCUCCAGAAGAGCCGAGUGAAGGAUGCUGCGGCAUGCGGACACAUCUCUGUAUAGCGCACCAAAGCUUUAGCAGGUGAUCGUUCCACCCUGCUUCCCCCUCAUCCUCUGAAUAUGUUCAAGGCCCUGGCAGGAAUCUGUUUGCUUCACCUGACAACAAUUUUCUUCCUUUUUUGGGCAACUAUAGAUGACGCGUGGUGGUUCACAGAGAACCUUUACACAGACUUGUGGGGCAGAUGGGUGAUGGAGAACAAUGAUAAUGUCUGGGUGUACACGGACAUACCGACCUCAUACAGGAAGGACUAUCUGCAAGCGGUCCAGGCGUUUGCAGUCCUGUCCUGCCUGUUUGCUGUGUUCUCUCUGUGCAUCUUCAUAUUCCAACUCUUUUCUCUGGGUAAAGGAAAGCGGUUCACCAUUUCCGGAGUCGUGCAGCUCAUCUCCUGUUUCUGCAUCAUGGUGGCUCUGUCGGUCUAUACCGAUCACUUUCACAGAAACGAGAAGAAUGGCUGGUAUGGCUGGUCCUACAUCAUGGCCUGGUUUGGAUGGCUGCUGACCCUCUUCACUGGAAUAAUGUACAUAAUCUUGCGCAAACGAGGCGGAUUAAACUUCAGACCUCGCUCUCAGUGCUUAAUGUACAGCCUUAAAUAGUUUUCUUCAACUUGAAAAAUAACGAGUUGUCUCAAAUAUUACAGGCGUUGGCUGGAACUGCAGAAAUGUGCGCAGCAAAUCACAGCAUCAGCGGUUCAUUCAAACCGUUUCAAAUCUGUCAGCGAGAAAGUGUUGAUUCAGCGUUUGAGGAAAAUUGGCUAGAAAAGUUUCUUUAACGAGAAGUGUUUUUUGCGUUAUUGUUUAGAGUAAUACUACAGCUCAGUUUGACGGGUCAUCUUUCCUAGUUUCUCAAAGCACUGAGGGCAGUCAGAGGGUCUGAACACACUUUAUUGCAGGGGUUGAUGUGUAAAGAUGGCGAGGAUGCAGUACAUAUAAGAAAGGAAUGUAAAAAAUGUAUUUAUAACAUGUAUAAAGAGAAAGAUAAGUUGUACAUAUAAAGUGCUUAAAGAAAAGUAUAUGUUAUCAAAGAGUAGUUUUGAACAUCACUUGCACUUUAAGAACUAGGCUUGUCUUAAACAUGGCUUUGUUUCGUUUCAGUUGAUCUUUUUAUGUUGGCAGUAGCACAGGAUAGUCUCAAAUAAGGAUCAAAUCUUUGUGACCGCGAUGCAUAUGGUGCUGUUCAAACUUGUGAUCAUUCACUUGAUCUAGAUACUACACAAUCCUUUUGUAAUUGCACUGUACAGACCCUCUGCCAUUAUAUUUGCAAUUUGUGUGUGGACAAAGGCUUUCCUGAUUAUGAAAUGGGCCCUGCUGCUAUGCCAGCCAUUUUAAUUAGCAUGACGUUGAUGAGGUCAGAUGAUCACCCUGUAAAAUUCUAGAGCACAGAAUGUUCCAAAAGAAUUUAUAAAAAGCUUUUGUUUUUUAAUUGUCAAAAUGUAUAGUUUUAUGGGAGAAAUGAUUCCACAUCCUCUCGAGAAAACAGCUCUAUAUGGCCAUCUGAGCGAUUCAGUUGCCGCUAACUGUGUUUGGUUAAAAUUUUAGCUGGUUCCAGACAUAUUUUUUAUGUUGCAGUAUGACCGUGAAUGGAAUGGAUGUUAUUUUUUCAAUGCAAAGCCAAACCGUGUAAACCAGGGACGACAUUCAUUUUAGUAUUCACACAAAUAAAAACCUCGCCCAUAAGAA